CUUUACAUAUUUCGUAAAUGUAUGCUGCUCUGCUGUGAGAACCAUUUUUAAAGAAACGUCAGCUGUCAAUGUUAGGCCGAAUACUUGAAUGCUGUCUGUCCACAGUCCAUAGCGCAGUCGAAUGGUACUUCUGUGUGGCUGGUGAAGGUAAAUUGUUGUAAGUUUGGGCCUUGCUUCAGCUACACGUACGUCUGCAGCGCCCAACUUACGAAGCACAAAGCAUUUUAAAUAUUUGCGUACGAAAGGUCAUAAUGGAGGUUCUGAUAUUAUUGACGCUGGCGACUUCGCUGUUGGCGACGGCCCCGCUUGACCCUACGCCGCAACUUUGCCUGAGUGAUGCGUCUGGAGGCCUGGCGUGCAGAUGCACCGAUAGUCGUACUGAGCUCGACGAGCAUCUGUGGGAGGUGGACUGUUCCUGUCGCAACUUGACUGCCUUGCCCUCAGAAUGGCAGAUAUUGCCAGACGCGCGCCGUUUGGACCUCUCGCGGAACCAACUCUCACUUCUUAGAGACGAGCAAUUUUCUCGUUGGGGUAAUCUAGAAGAAUUGAGUUUAGCACGAAAUAAGUUUACAUCCCUCAACGAAGCUGCUUUCUCUCGUCUCGCGAAUCUUCGUAUGUUGGAUCUCAGCUACAAUAUGCUACAAACUCUACCAGUUAAAAUUUUCGAAGGUAUUUCGGUUCUAUCCACACUUAAUUUAGAAAUGAAUCGCUUGCAAGAACUGCCUCCUUAUCUGUUCAGUUCAACGUCACAUCUGAAUUCUCUGAUCCUCAGUUAUAAUACUGCUUUGGGCAAGUAUCUCAUGAAGUCGACAGAGUUUCUGACCAUCGUCCUUCAGAGAAACAUUAGUUCUCUCGCGUUAAACAACAUGAGUAUUGAAAGAAUUCCAAAUGGUCUCUUCAACGAGGCCAGUCAGCUUCAUCAUCUCUCUCUGGCUGACAAUCCGUUGCGUGUCAUUGACGUACUUCCAGCAUCACUAGAGAGUUUAAAUCUCUCAGGUAUAGACGUUGAAGUUCUCGUGUCAGGUGACUUCAUAUCUUACCCUAAACUCAAGAAGUUGCAAUUGGAUCGUUUGAUUCAUUUAAGAAACGUUCAGGAAAAUGCAUUUGAAGGCCUUGCAUCCUUGGAAGAACUGACGAUGGAGAACUGUAUUCAGCUGCAUUCAUUUGACGAACGCGCGUUUGGCGGUCCAGAUUCUGUACCCAUUCCAUUAAAACGUCUGUCACUUGCUCGUAGUGGGCUUCAUACUCUCAGCAACAAGACAUUUUUGCUACUGCAGCCAACGUUGAAGCACGUGGCUCUCCAGGGAAAUUCUUGGCGGUGUGACUGUAAUUUAGCCUGGAUUCAUCAAACGAAUUUCUCGCUGGAGAACACAGCGUACUUAAGGUGCUUUUCUCCUGAUGAACAUCACAACAGACUGAUACCUUCUUUGGAUCUCAAAGAUUUUGUCUGCACCCAUGAAUCUGCAAAGCAGAAUACGUACUCUGGUCUUAUUGUUGUGAUGGACAUGUUUCUGAUCCUGGUCGUUGUCAUUGUCGCUUGUGCCAUCCUGAUGACCCUCUGGCGCCGUGGUUUCAUGCUCUGCACACCACGACAAACCGUGGGAAGGUAUUCCCACGUAACUAUCGAUCCGAGCCGUGCAGAGCUGGAGUGGGACGACAAAGAUCUGGACCACAUCUGGAGUACGCCCAAUGCCAACAGGCAGAAUGUUCCUCGAGGGCCUUGAUCCAUGUCUAACUGAUCCUGCUGUGACGUCACUGGUACGACAAGAAUGCAGCUCAAUAUUUCGUCCGUAUAGGAAGACUGUGUUUCGUUUUAAAAGAGUUGCCUGGCUCUGUCAUUGAAAGAUGUUCGUUACUGAAUGCAAUCAAAGCGAUGUGACGCACACAAUCGGUGGCAGCCACGACUACACUCGGUUAUUAAUUAACACUCAACGAAAGGAAAAACUAGUCACUGUUAAUAUUCACUUGUUUGUAGUAACAGUUUCUCUGGACUUAUUUGUUGUGAGUAAAACUGGUAUUUUCAAUCGUAAAAGGUAAAUUUACGAUCUGUAGCUUCCAUCUUAAGAUAAAACAUUUGCUGAAAGACAACAAGGGGCUAGCUGUGAGAAAUGUGGCUAUUUUUAUAAGUUUUGGCUCGUCUUACAGCAACAGUAAUGAACGAAUGAAUGAAUAAUAUUUUACAUCAAUUAAGAUUAUAUAUAUACACCAUUGUACGUAUAUAUUUAUAGUUGCUGCUAUGUGUAAUAUAAAUUGAUACAAGUGAUUA